AUGCCCUCAACCAACAACAUUGCCUUCACCGCCCCGAUCAACCCACCAGGCGCCACACCCGUUCUCACCUCUGAACAAAUCUGGAAUGGCCUGCUCUUGAAGAUCCGUUCUGCAGAGACAUUUGUUCCAGGAGCCAUCCAAUCUACGAAGGUUAUUAGUGACUCCGUCGACCCAUCAACCGGAAACCCCGUCACCGUUCGCGAAGUCCUCUUCCGCGAAACCCAGAAAACAGUGCAAGAGACUGUCACAGCUUUUGAGUCUACCCGGGUAGACUUCGAGCAGCCGGGUGGAAGCAAGAUCAGCAAUGUGAUUAGUCAAGGAGCUAAUGGGGAACUCUACAUGACGUAUAUCUUCGAAUGGAGACACCCCGGUGUCUCCAAGGUGGAGCUGGCAGCCUUGCUCGAGAAGGAGAAGAAGAUGAGCCAGAUGGCGGUUGAGGGGACAAUCAAAGUGUUGAGAGAGUUGGUUGAGGAAAAGAAGCUUUGA